AUGGAAGAGUCUUCUAAGUCAGUAAUUACUGCCGAUGGAAUCCUUGCUGAUGCAUUUGAUCAACGCAAAGAGGUUAAGCCAUUAGGUAACUUGGAUGUGUUGGACUUGGAAGAACUGAAAGUUUGGCAGCGCCAAAAGCGAACUGAAUAUGAAGAUGUACUGAAAAGGAACAGACUAGAUUUACGGCAGUGGAUUCGAUAUGCUGAAUUUGAAUUACAGCAACAUGACAUUCGUCGUGCGCGGUCUGUUUUUGAAAGAGCGUUGCUUGUUCGUUCGGAUUAUAUUCCAUUAUGGGUACGGUAUAUUGACAGUGAAUUAAAAUGGAAAAACGUAAACCAUGCAAGAAAUCUGCUUCAUAGGGCAACAAAUCACCUCCCAAAGGUUGAUACACUAUGGUAUAAGUACGUGUUUGUCGAGGAAUCGCUAGGACAUGUAGAUUUCGUGAGGGGUAUCUAUACCAAAUGGUGUUCGUUGGAGCCCAGUCCAUCAGUUUGGGAUUCAUUCAUUGAUUUUGAAAUAAGGCACAGUUGUUAUCAUCAUGUCAGGGACAUUUAUAGCAAAUACGUUAUGGUUCAUUGCGUUGCAGAAGUUUGGUUGAAGUGGGUAUCAUUUGAAUCUAGGCAUGGCGGCAUAUCUACCGUACGAAAAGUGUACUCUUUGGCGCUAGAUACGUUGACUGCGUACUCUUACGUUGAUAUUAAAGAAAUUGAACAAAUGAUUAUCUCGUUUGCAAAUUGGGAAGCAUCUCAACAAGAAUACGAACGUAGUAGGUCAAUAUACUCAUUAUCCGUCAAUAGAUGGCCAGAAUCAUCUGUCUUAAAGGAUGCCGCUUAUUUAUUUGAAAAGAAGUUUGGAAAUGGUUAUGAUAUCACUGAAUCCAUAAUAGUGAAAAGAAAAAGAGACUAUGAAGCCCAUCUCUCAACUAAUCCAAUAGAUUAUGAUAGUUGGUGGCUAUACUUGGAUUUAAUAGAAGAGAAUUUUGGAACUGAACUAGAAUCUGCGUUUGAAAAGGCUACAAUAAGAAAUAUCCCAAUAACGGCAAUGAAGGAUAUCGGGUGGCGAAGAUAUAUAUAUAUAUGGAUUCGAUACUUAGCCUUUUUAGAGUUACAUUACUCUGAUAUUGAGCACAUACGAGCAACUUACCAGCGAUUAAUUAAAGAAGUUAUUCCUCAUAAUAAGUUUACCUUUGCUAAAAUAUGGAUUAUGAAUGCUAAGUUUGAAAUACGCCAGGGACAAGUCACGAAGGCCAGAAAACUCCUUGGGAUGGCUUUAGGUUUAUGCCCCAAGCGCAAGCUUUUCAAGUACUAUAUCCAGUUAGAGAUCAUGUUAAAGGAGUUUGAUCGAGUAAGGAAGCUGUAUGAGAAAUAUCUUGAAUUUGAUUAUACAAAUCUAGGAAUUUGGUGCGAGUAUGCAGAAUUGGAAAGCAAUUUGGGUGAUGAAGAUAGAGCACGAGGUAUAUAUGAACUUGCCCUAAAGGAAGAAGUAGGAUUAUCGCAUUCUGACCGAACAACACUAUUUGAGCGAUAUAUCCAAUUCGAAACUAAUAUAGGAGAAUACUCACGAGCUAGAAAGUUAUAUGAUCUCUACUUAAUAGAGAGUGAUUUUGCUUCUAAUGUGUGGGUCUCAAAAGCGCUAUACGAAAUCUCGGUUCCUUCGGAAUCGCAGCUGGCGGCUUAUGAAGAGAAAUUAAAUGAAGCUGAUGAAGUUUACAACGAAGAAGAGUUUGAAAUAACUGAUGAAAAUCUUAAUCAAGCUCGCCAGUGUUUUGAAAGUGCGCUAAAGCAUUAUGCGUUAGCGAAGGAUAGCGAUAACAGGGUUCUUAUUCUAGAAGCGUACAAGGAUUUUGAAUAUGUCCACGGUAGUAAAGAAACUCAAGACAAGAUAAAUAAAAGGCUACCAAAAGCAGUAACGAAAAGGCUUCUGGAAGAUGGUAUUGAAAAGGAAUUUAUUGAUUAUAUAUUUCCUGAUGAUUUAAUAGAGAAUACCAACCCUAACUUAUCCAAAUUUGUAGCAUUAGCACACAAAUGGAACAAAGAAAGAAAAGAUAGAUAA